AUGAACAUUUACCCUUUAGUUUACGUAAUCGUACCUGCCAAGCAUGCAGAGAAAGAGUUGCAACGUCGCGGACAUUUUACCGAAGAGCAAGAAGAAGGUGACAUCGCUGCUAGACCUAGAGGCAGGCCCAGGGCAGACCCUGUUGAGCAUUUCCUUGUUGCAUAUAUCUCUCAGUUAUUCUGCCUUUGCCCUUUGAACCUUGGGCAAGAGAUAUCUUCGUUGAGGAAACCUAGCUGGGAAUCAUGCUGCAAGCAGGGUUUAGUCCAACUAUUGCUCCUGGUACAACCGCCUAGGCUCUGGAAAGACUUACUCGCUCGCACAGACGCUGUAGGCCGCCAGUUCAAGGACAAGCUGCGUCAAUACAACACCGCCUUUGCAGAUCCAGUCUUGUCGUCUGAUGAUAGAUGUUCAAUUAAAAAUAUUCACUUUAUAUCUACUAUUCCCAAGAAAGCUGGUGCAAGUGGUAUUUCUUUGCUUCCAACAACUGUAAGCGAUCUGAAGCUCCUGGAAAAUGGCGUUGUUAUAUUUUCCACCGAACAAGGUUCAAAUGUUCUAGCUGUUUCUCCCAUUCUUUGGAUUGAAGCCGAUAAUCCAUGUCAUUUCGAACUAUGCGGCUUGCUGGGCCCGACAACGCUGUAUCCCUGUCGAAAGUGCUAUAUACGCUUGAGACAAUCAAGAAGGGAAGCGCUGCAAGAUGUUAGGUACUAUACUGACAAGCAAUUGGAACAAGCCAGAGAACAUUACUGCUUGGCCGCUGCUGAUAAUGACUAUAGAAGAAGCAAGGAGAUCCUCAAUAUCCCCGAGUUUGGUAACGCUCUUCACGCAUGCGAUCUUAGCUAUUCUCAUAGAAACGCUGAAGCGCUCUUGGAGUUUAAAGCAUUUGAUCCGUCAAAAGAUACUCCUGCCGAGGCUCUGCAUGGCGUGUUGCUCGGAAUUGAAAAGUACUUGGUCACAAAUUUGGUGCAAGCUGUCCUCAAGGGUAACAAAACAGGCAAACUAAAGAAACUUGCACAUUGUAUUAAAAGUUUCAAGAACAAGCAGGCUUAUCUCAAUGCAUCAGUCAAGGCUCCUAUUGAGCUCAAUCUUUUGGUUCAUUUUUCAGAGGAUAUAAGAAGAUUUGGUCCUGUCUUGAAUUAUGAAACUGAAAAAGGCGAACAGUUUAAUAAGCAUAUCCGAGAAUACUUGUUUUCCAGGAAUAGAUCAGACACUCCUAGAGAUAUUGGCUGUAAAUUUAGAACACAAGCUGUCAUGAAAUAUAUCGUUGAAGGUGGUUCUUGGGUGAAGGAUGAUUCAAGAGAAAAGUGUGGUCUGAAUGUUGCCUCUUUUAUUUCUGAGCAUAAAGAGCACCUCCUUUUUUAUCUCGCUAAUGGGUCAAGAGAAUUAGCAGACAAUAAUUCCAGCUCUCAAAAAGUCAAGACAGGCUCUUUUGCUGUGCUCAUCCAUCGCAAUAGCCUACUAGCUUCUGAGGCUAAGUCAUUCUUGGGCCUUAUUUUCUGCAUAACAGUAGUAGCCAAGAAGACUUUAAGAGCGGCUUCUUGA